AUGGCGGCCUCCGUGCUGGGUUCCACCUGCGGCCCGAUGCGGCUCGGCGUUACCGGCCUGUGCCGCCGCCGGCCGCCCCGGGGCCUGUGGGCUCGUGCGCGGCGGCUCCCGGGGCUCGCGGGGUCCGGGCGGAGCGUGGCCGCGGCCAGCGGAUCGGGCGCUUCGGGCACCGACCGCUAUUGCAUGGAUCUGCUGCGGAAACGAGACUACGAAGGCUAUUUGUGCUCCCUGCUGCUCCCUGCAGACUCCAGAAGCUCUGCCUUUGCACUGAGGGCCUUCAAUGUGGAACUGGCUCAGGUUAAGGACUCAGUCUCUGAGAAAACAAUUGGACUGAUGCGAAUGGAGUUUUGGAGAAAAACCGUGGACGACAUAUACAGUGACAACCCACCCCAGCAGCCUGUGGCCAUCGAGCUGUGGAAGGUAAAAGCAAAAUGCUACUUUAAAAAAAAAUUUUUUUUUAACGUAUAUUCAUACAGAGAAAAAAAUUUGGAUGACAAACCAUAUCGUAAUAUCCAGGAACUGGAAAACUAUGCUGAAAACACUCAGAGCUCUCUUCUUUAUUUAACACUAGAAAUAUUGGGUGUAAAGGAUCUUCAUGCAGAUCAUGCCGCGAGUCACAUUGGAAAAGCGCAGGGCAUUGUCACUUGCUUGAGAGCAACACCCUAUCAUGGUAGCAGAAGAAGAGUGUUCCUUCCCAUGGAAAUUUGUAUGCUGCAUGGCGUUUCACAAGAGGAUUUUCUACGGCAGAACCAAGCUAAAAAUGUGAGAGAUGUAAUAUAUGACAUUGCCAGCCAGGCACACUUGCACCUAAAGCAUGCUAGGUCCUUCCACAAAAGUGUUCCUGUGAAAGCAUUUCCUGCUUUUCUUCAGACGGUUGCCCUGGAGGACUAUUUAAAGAAAAUUCAACAGGUGGAUUUUGACAUAUUCCACCCAUCUUUACAGCAGAAGAAUACACUACUACCAUUAUCUUUGUAUGUUCAGUCAUGGAGAAAAAGAUAUUAA